AUGCACGACCUGAACCGACUGACCCAGAUCACGGGGCUGUUGCUAACCUCGGACGCUCACGGGGAGGACCUUGUGGUGGCCGAAGCGCUGCCCACCGCGCUGGCGGGGCUGAGAAGCCUGAGUGUGCAGAUUCGCGGCGCGAGGCUUGUCGCCGCUCCCAGGGACCGCGUCGACGGCCUCUCGAGAGCCGGAGACGUGCCGGGCGACGGUGCGGGGCCGUCGCUGGCGUCGCUCACGCGCCUCGAGGUUCAUGUCGGCUCGGGCGCCUGUGAGCUGCUGACCCCGCGGCUGCUGCCCUCAAGCCUCCGCUGCCUGUCGCUGCGCGCGGGCGACAGCGGCGACGAGGCCGCCGCCGCAGCGCUGCUGUGCGCCCCCACGCCGCCGGCGCCGGCGCUGCGCCGGCUGCAGAGCCUCGAGCUGCACAUGCCGCUGCACGCCGCAUGGCGCGUGCCCGCAUGGCUGCCGGCACUGGCAGGAGCCUUGGAGUCUGUGCGGCUGCCCGGCAUCAUCGGGCGGCUGGGGAAGAUUCGGGCUCGCGUCCAAGGCGAGAUCGCGGCGCUGGAUGCUGUCGCGAGGAUGGGGGUGCGUGAGAUCAAGGUGGAGUUUGCCGUCAAGGCGCCGCUCAAGGCGGCGGCGGCGGUGGGAGCGCGGGCGGGGGCCGCGCGCCCGCACGGGCUGCUCCGCGCCGCUUGCGGGGGCGCGGCCGGCGGCGGCGCCGCGGCGGGUGGCGCGGCGGCACGCGCGUUCCUGCGAGACUGGGGCCACCUGUUGGUGGCGGCUGAGUGGUAUAACUGA